GUGGAAAUGCGCAAUUGAGGACAGUGCACCCGCGAUAUGGGAGAUGUUUAAAGAAAGGCAGCUCCGCAUUACGGCGUCUCUGCUCAUCCUGACGAACACCUCAUUAUCUUCGUUCGAGGCAUUCCCAAUCUCUGUUACUGAGGCCCUUUGACUGCAAUUCCGGUAUGGCAGACGACAAGUCUGGCGCUGAGCAGCACGAGUAUGUUGUCGAGAAGAUGAGCAUUGGUCGCUAUGCUGCGACCCGCGUGACGACGCUCAAGCCCGCCAUGGACAAAGUUGGAAAUCCAAUUACCCUCCUACGACUACUCAAUCUCCAGCAGUGGAUGUUUUUUCUCGUCGCAUUCUUCGCGUGGACGUGGGACGCAUUCGAUUUUUUCACUGUGUCGCUUACAGUGGAAGAUCUUGCGGAAACCUUUCACAAAACCAAGAAAGACAUUACCUGGGGCAUCACCCUCGUGCUGAUGCUGCGGUCGGUCGGCAGUAUCAUAUUUGGUCUGGCGGCUGAUCGCUACGGUCGGAAAUGGCCCUUCAUCAUCAACAACCUCCUCUUCAUUGUAUUGGAACUGGGCACGGGAUUUUGCACGACUUAUGAGCAGUUCCUCGGUGUGAGAGCUCUGUUCGGCAUCGCCAUGGGCGGCCUCUACGGCAACGCUACCGCGACCGCCCUUGAAGACUGCCCCGAGGCAGCGCGUGGUAUCAUCUCCGGUAUGCUACAGCAGGGCUACGCAUUCGGCUACCUGCUCGCAACCGUAUUCGCGCGCGCCUUCGUCAAUACCGUCGGCCACAGCUGGCGGCCGUUGUUCUGGUUCGGCGCCGGCCCACCGGUCCUCAUCAUCAUAUUCCGCCUGUGCCUCCCCGAGACUCAAGCGUACCAAGAGCGCCAGCGUAUCCGUGAGGAGCAGCCCAAUGCCGCCAAGAUGUUCGUGCAGGAGGGCAAGCACGCGCUCAAGCAGCACUGGCUACUCCUUAUCUACAUGGUCCUGCUGAUGGCCGGCUUCAACUUCAUGUCCCACGGCUCGCAGGAUCUGUAUCCGACAAUGCUCAGCAAUCAGUACAACUUCACCCCGAACCAAGUCACUAUCACCCAAGUCGUUGCUAACCUGGGUGCCAUGACUGGUGGUACGCUUGUCGGCUACUGUUCCUCCAUCUUUGGCCGCCGUCUGAGCAUCAUCACCAUGUGUGUCCUCGGCGCCGCACUCCUGUACCCCUACACAUUCACGCACACCACUGCCGUCGCCGGUGCCGCCUUCGCCCAGCAGUUCUGUGUCCAGGGUGCAUGGGGCGUGAUCCCAAUCCACCUGAUGGAACUGUCACCCGGAUCGUUCCGCACGUUUGUCGUCGGCACGAGUUACCAGCUGGGCAACCUGGUGUCGUCAGCGAGUGCGACCAUUGAAGCGCAGAUCGGCGAACGUUUUCCGCUACCGCCCCGCGGCGCCGUGAGUCGCUACCGAUACGGUUUGGUGAUUUGCAUCUUCAUGGGUGCCGUGUAUGCGUAUGUCAUUCUGCUGACGCUGGUCGGACCAGAGUACCGCGGCCGCGCGUUCGAUGUCGCGGCGGACGAGGAUGUGGGCGCGGUGAUGGGCGGAGAUGAGAAGAUGAGGGAGAAUAGUUAUGAGGUUGAGCGCAGUGAGGUGCGCGUCUGAGUGUGUUAGCUAGGAGCUGUGGACGUUGGCGCUUUUGCGUUUGCAAGAUCAGUUGUUUCCGCCUGCAUUUCUCCCAGUCCUACGAUGCUUGGCGAAUCCCUCUAGCUACAGCAUGAUGCAGACACGAAGAAUAGUUGUAACGUAAUAACAACUGCAAGUGAGAGAAUGAGGCUAUCCAGAUCCGCAGGCAGUCGCGAUGGA